AUGGAUCAGGUAUCUGCCAGAGAUCGACCUGCAGAGGCCAUAUCGCAGGGUUCUGCGCCGCACCAAGAUAGAGGCCAGUCCAAUGCCCCAUUUAGCACCCUUACUCCGUCGUCGCCUGGCCAUGUCGACGACAACCCGAGGAGCCCGAAACGGCGUCGCAUCUCUACAGACGGCACCGCGCCGGACGUAAAGCCUGAAACGAAGGCGGGGGACUCAGAAAAUCCAGCUGUACAUGCAAAUCGGACUGCAAACCCACACGGCCAAGCACAAAAUGAAGAGACGGAGGCUACACUAGAGGAACAAGCAGGAAAUGCUACAAAAAUCUCUACAGAUGUGCAAGCACAGAGUAUCAUACAAUCAGCUUCAGAAGGUCAGCCUCAAAGUGCCCCGAGACCUCCAGCCGGCCAAGCACACAAUGUCGCGUCACAGCCUCCCCAGCGACCGACGCCUCCCGGGAACGGUCCUCUCGAAUACCUACCCAUACUGGAUCAGCAGGCGUCACAGAUCCUAGCAUUCUUGUCUCGAUUGACUCCGGCUGAGGCCAUGGGCUUGUCCACAAGACCAAAUGCCGCAAGCAGUAGAGAGUAUGCCUCCCUUCGCGCUGCAUUCGACCGAACUAGAAGACUCGUCAGCCCUGGAUGGCCAUUUCUGCCACAACAUGAUUUAGGCUUGCAAGACACCAUUCAGAUCGAGAUCAUCCGCAAGGCAAACCAGGCUAUCUUCAUGUCGAGCAUUUUCACUGGUGAGAUUGGUCUUCGGGACAUGGACCGGAGUUUUCUUCCUGUCUUCGUGCCUGAAAAUGGGGGUUUGCUGAAAGAACAGGGUACUAUGUUCCUCGAAUUGAAGACCCAAGGCUUCAUUACUGCUUGGAGGACAGGUGCUGCUCCGCCCGAUCUUGUCAUGCGUGACAUGUUCGGGCCCGACCUCGACAAGGUGCUCCUGGCGAGAAGACCUGGCAGCACGGCUUUGACUGACACCGAACGGGAGUUCUUGCGGAUGCUGAACUCCCGUCGUGGCAUUCUAGAAAGUGCAGUCAAAACCAAGACCCUUGAUCAAUUACCAGUAACGUAUAAAUGGGAAGACUUCAGCCGGGAAGUCUCUUCCUACCUCAUCAACCACAUCAUGAAAACAGGGAGCAAUGGUACAGGCUUAGCAAAUAUGGAAAGAAAUGGAUCUACCAACAAUCUUGAUCCGGGUCACACGCAGGGUCAUAUUCCGGAUCAUGGCCUGCCUGUACCUGUCUCUUCGAUGGGCUUUAAUCUCGGCGAGCCACUCGUUAAGGAGGACUUUGUGGCGCUUGCGGCAAGAGCUGCAGAGAUCGCCUUGCGAAGCACCUUGGGCUUGUCAUCAUCAGAUCAGAUUCCAGACCUACCUUCGUCGAAUACUCCGACUGCAGCUGCAACUCCGACGAAAUCUCGCGAGAUAUCAACUUCGCAACCAGCUGCACCUGAGCCCAAGGUAGCCGAAACAGACAAGACUAUCAAUCCGCCUGAACUGCCUACACCUGAACAGAAGGUUCUCGAGCGAGAAGCCUCACAUCAGGGGAAUGCGACGGGAGAUAUUGCGCAUGUUUCGCAGAUUGCACCUGUGAAGCAGGAGGCGGAGAUGGCCGGAGGGGUGGAGGAGAGUCCAGUCGGGAUAGAUACUGCUGAAUCCGUGGUCAAGCAAGAAGCUCCUAGUAUCGCAGAGGAUGGCCCUGCUGCCCCUUCAAGUGAAACGAAGCAGCCUCUCGAGCCGAGCUAG